UCGGGAAGCAAGAAGAGACUUGUGUUUUUUUGAAUGUAUACCACGGGGAUGAUUUGUUAUCCAUCAUCAAAGAAGGCGUUUUCCGGGUUGUUUGAUACAAGGGACAUCUGGAUAGGAUCUCGAGGGAUUUGGUUCCAUUUCAAGGAAGAGCCGUUUGUCUAGAGGAGGACGGCAGUGGUAGUGUUUAGCAAAGGUACCGCGGGUUACCAAUAAUCUCCACUUUCUUGCUUCGCAUGAAAGAUGCGAAUAAUGAAGGCGAUUUUUUUUUCAAGAACAUUACACGCAUUGGGGACAGCUGUUGGCGGAGUCGAGGUCGCCGGAGCUCUUGGUUGUGAAUACUCUCGUUUGGCGAAUCUUGAUGCUGCCACCUAUGCGUUUACAUGUACGAGUCCACUGACUCCAGUACGAGCUGGAACAGCCUUGCUCCUUUUUUUCUUUUCUUUUUUUUUUUUUUGUUGCACUCCCUCAAUCUCGAUAUCUUUGAGCCCGGCACUCUACUCUAAGAAGCUGGCGAAUCAUAUUCAUCAGGCUCUAACCGUUCAUGUGGCUACCUCUUAUACCAGAGCGGUGUUACUUCGACCGGUCCCAUCACGCUCUACUGUCCCGUAUUUCCAUUCGGCCCGGGGUGGCUUUCCAUUGCCCGACUCCCGAGACAUAUUCCAGCAAAGUUGCUCGCGUCAUCACAGUCCCCGGUCCCUUUUUACAUGCUGAGAAAGCCGUCUCUCACACACGCCAGCGGCCCGAACACGUCAGCCGAGACGCCAUCCUUCGGCUCCGGGGAUCGUCUCGGACGCAGUCCCGCGUGCGUCGCCAGCAAGUGGGUCCUCCACCGCGUUCAGGAGCC